AUGCCGCCCGCAGUGACGGCCUUCGGCCCGCAGACGCUGGCUGCAAUCGUCGUGGCGGCCCUGACCUUUGCGGGCUGGUUCGUGGCGCUGGGAGGGCUGAGCAAGCUGGCGAGCGACUGCGAGAGCGAGCGGGCGGAGGUCAGCUGCGAGAACCUCUUCCGGCCGCACUGGUGGGCCCUCUUCUUCCAGCUGUUCGUGAUGGGCGCCCUGGGGGGCCUGGCAGCGGCCAAGUGGGUGUCCAGGGCCCGCCUGGUGCUCCUGGUCUUCCUUGCCAUCGCGCUGGUGGAGAUGACGGACUGCGCGGAAGUUUUCCUGCGGCUUCGCGACAUCCGGGAGGUCGACAGCACCGUGGAGCAGGCCCUGGCGGAGGGCACCACCAUCCUGGAGGACCACGAGGAAGCCGCGGAAGCAGCAGCGGCCGGGUUCAUCAUCCUCACUCUCGUCAACUUCGUGGCCAUUCUGCUGGUUGGCCUGGAGGGCAUAUGGGACGGAUGCCCGUUCAGGAUCCAUUUUUCGACGCCCUUCAACAGGGGGGUCCCACAGCAGGCCGCCCCCCAGCCCACGCCCACGGGGGGCAAGCCGCCGCCCGGGUCCACACAGCCGCCCGACGCGCCCAUAGCCGUGGAGUCCAUCACUGCCUGA